CAGAAAUGGACAUGGUCAAAAAAUCGCACCACAGGCUGCAGCAUUUAUUUUUGUCCCUCUUUCCAUUUGCAAAAUGCUACACAAUUGUUUUAACUGUGCAUUUUGCACUUACUAGAAUAAAUAUAAUAACAUUCAGACUGUGCCAGCCUUAUAAUCUACGAGGCCCAAAUUGGGUCAAAAUGCUUCAAGCUCCAACUUCUAACGCCUCAUAUAUAAAUUCGAAUGCGGAUGACCUUCAGCGGAUUUUUUUACAAUCUUAAAGCUUGCUGCCAUCUACUGGCGCAAUGGCAUAGUUCACACCAUUGUAAGUCUAUACAAGCCACGCCGCUUGUAAGUAACAAAGUUGCUUGAUUUUGAAUAGCGUCUAAAAACAAGAUGGCGGCUUCCAUGCUGGGGAGUGUGUUUCGAAGCGCUCGGCAGUUGUUUCCUUGGCCUUCUGCAACUUGUACAAAUCAAGUCCGAAAUUACUACGUUGACUGGAGGAUGUUUCGGGAUGUUAAAAGGAGGAAAAUGGCAUAUGAAUACGCUGAUGAGAGAUUGAGAGUCAAUGCUUUGCGGAAAAACAUUAUUCUCCCUAAAGAACUGCGGGAAGUGGCAGAUAAAGAAAUUGCUGCAUUUCCAGUAGAUAGCUGCCCUGUAAGAAUCCGUAAUCGCUGUGUCCUGACUUCUCGACCACGGGGUGUAAAAAGACGUUGGCGGCUAAGUCGAAUUGUGUUCCGUCAUCUAGCCGAUAACAACCAAAUGUCUGGCAUUCAGAGAGCCAUGUGGUAGGAACAGGAUUUGAGGGCCAACUGUCGAAGCUACUGGGCUACCAUUUACUAAGGACAUUUUUUUAAUUAAAGUAUCAUAAGAGCAUUCUUUGUUGACAAUUCUUGACAAAACCUGGCUUAUUUAUAUGUAUUUAAAAAAAAUCUGUAUUAAAAGCAACAAUUACAUUGCAGAGAAUCCUUUUGAAUGGAAAUUUAUGCUAUAAAGACCUUUUUUUUUUUU